UGUUGUAGAGGGCGUAUUUAUAGUCAGCGCAGUAAUUUGCGUGGUGGUGGUUAGGGUUGUCAUCUUCACAUCUUACAAUGCAAACACACGCCAUAGCACUGGCUUUAAUGGCCGUAUUGGCCUUUGUAUCAAACGUUCGGGGUGAAGCCGGUGGCCAAGCGCCGUCUGCCCCAAAGCCGUCCUCACCGACAUAUGCAAUGAUGUCAAACUUCACGGGACAAUGGAGCAUUAGCAUAUUCAUCCGGGAGUCCCCGUCUGCCCAAUGGGUCCCUCACACAUGCAAUGCCACCGCCUUCGGCGCAGCUUGUAAUCGGCCAGUGCUCACAGCUUUCACUAACUACCAAGUGAUGGUCAACUUCACACGGAAGAACGCGUCCGCGCCUUUCCGUACCUGGAAGAACGGCACGCCCCAAGAACUCGUUGUACGCCUGGACUACGCCGCCGCCUCCCAGGUUGACCGCGGCUGGCGCAAGAAGAACCAGGCCUACCCCGGGCACGGCUGGCACGCCAAGUGGAAGCUCUCCACCCUGUCCUUCACCAACUCCGGCGUCGGCAUCUGGGACUUGGCCCACGCGGACGGUGUCACUGACGCAUUGCUCUAUCCAGAGGUCUGCACGCUGUGCACCUUUCCUGACGGGCACAAGGACUACUGCCAGUGCGACCGCCGCAAUGGCGUGAACAACACCCUUACCAUCGAGACUGCAGUUGUGAACUCCAUCACGCCCUCCAUGCGCGGCGCCGCCAUCGCCAUGUCCAUCUUCUCCCCCGUUUUCCUGAUUGUGUACUCCAUCAGCGAUUCGUUGUACUACAAACGUACGGGGCGGUCUCUCCGGUUUGCUCAUUGAGGGAGUGCAGGAGAAAGGGACCAUCGGAAGGCGUUGUAGAGAGGCGGACGUCGUAGAGGGAUUGUAUCUGAACCUGCGUUGUGGACAGUUUCAGACCCGCGGGACGUGAACCCCUUACCCCUUACCCUUCCUUAUCACUACGAAAGGGAUUUGGUGGUCUGGUGCUGCCCGAGGUGUUGUCUGCUAGCUGGUUAUCGUCGGCUCCGUGUCGAGACUGUUGGGUGCGUGAAUGAAGUGAGUGAGCUGUUUGAUCUCGUCGCGUAUUUCAGGGUCGAAUGGUUGGCGUCUUGCUUUACCUCUACCGAACUUUGCAUUUGAGGAUAACGCUGUAACGCUUGUGUGUGUGUGUGGUACUUUGCGCAUGAAAAGAAAGGAAGUUGUUCGAAUGCCGGUGUUGUGUCGGUGGUGACGGUUUCUUUAUUGUUUUUCAGAUGUGAAGGUCGACAGGCUAAUAGUCCAGGUGUUUCUCUUACGGGGUUUAAGGGUAUCGUUCGAUCACCGCAAUCGCUCUGACUCGCAGUGUGCGGGAUGAUGAUGUGCGCAUGUGGUGUGCUUGUCGUGGUGCGCAUGGAGGCCUCGUCUUUGGGUUUUUCGGGUAGUUGCUUGUAGUCCCAACAAAGAUCGCUGUUUGACACGAUAAGCGAAGAUGAGUUAGUUAGCGAGCGUGAGAGUUCUUACUGCUGACAUUGCUCUGCUGUAGUUGUUGUGCGCAGGAUUCUCGGGAGGGGCCGCGCGCCGGAAUGGAGGCGGUUGAUGCGCACGGUACUGCUGCAGCACUGCUAGGAUGGUGCGCGGCGAGGCCCCUCCCUCGUAUCGCGGAAGCGAGUUACGGUGACGAUGGCAAAAUUGGCGAUGUCGAACCUGUGGCGGAUGUCGAACCUCAAAAACAGUGCUUUGACUUUGUAGGGCUUAGGAAGGCUGCUUUUGCCACUUACCGUGACCAGCGAGGACAGAUAGAUACAUGUACACUAAGAAGACAUUUACGAGUGUUUUAUGCUUCUUGAGGGCGAGCAUAAGAAUUGAGAGAGAGUUGUUCCUUGCAGUCCGUCGCGACUGGCUGAAGGAUACGCGAUCGUGGUUGUGUGCGCCUGACUUGCCCUAAGAAGCAUUCAGAUGCGCGAUGGUGUGUCUUGAUAACUUCGUGAUCACCGACAUGUACGCAUCAUGUAAUGAAAUCAGGAUUCCUU